UGUUUUGAUUUUUCUUUCGGCCUUCGAUUGAAUGGUAUCCUUGAUAUCUAUAAUUUAUAUUAAUAAUAAACUAUAAAAUAUAUCUGAAUCCUAUAUGGACUCUACUAACAUAUUUUCUGAGCGAAUGCAAAGGACAAUUUAGAUAUGGGAAAGGAAAAAUCUAAGAAACGACAUCGCUCGGAUAGCUCGAGUUCUAGCAGCUCAGAUUCAAGCCGGGAGAAAAAGAAACUACGCAAGCUAAAGAAAAAAUUGAAAAAGGAACAGAAGAAAACCGAGAAAGCUUUGAAGAAGAAGCUAAAAGAAGAGAAGAGAAAACUCAAGAAGCAGAAACGCGACAGUAGAAGCGAGAGUUGUGAUGCGGAUACCAGUGUAGCUUCCACAGAUAUUCCAUUAGAAUUGAUGGAGAGAUCCAAAGCCAUGGCACCAAUGACCAAGGAGGAAUGGGAGAAGCGACAAAGUGUAGUCAGGAAGGUUCAUGAUGAAGAGACUGGCAGAUACAGGUUAAUAAAAGGCGACGGCGAGGUUUUAGAAGAGGUUGUCUCCCGUGACCGUCACCGGGAGAUCAAUCGACAAGCCACCAUGGCCGACGGAGACUUCUUCCAAUCACGAACUGUUGACAAACACAGAGUCAAAUAGACUAUAAUAUAUAUCUA